GAGAGGUAUCCUGGUUAAUGCUUGCUGCACCCAAAUUUUGAAAUGUCUUAUUGUUUAUCACAAAGGAUUGGAUUCAACGAGGAUAUUCUAGAUCUGAAACAAAAAGACAAGUACUUCAAGAAGAGAGAAAAAUUCAAGUUUACCAAUCUGGACUUCUCCUUUUCUGACCCGAUGACCGACUGUGAAGACAUGAAGUAUAUCUGUGUGCGGAUCGAGAGGGGAGAUAACCCAAGAACCACUGGAGACAUCGUCUAUACUUUAAGAGGAUACCCAGACUCCAAUGCACAGACUGGUUGUACAAGAGCUCCAGAAUGUCGACGUAGUCAAGCUCAGGGGUCAGACAGCGUCAGCUCUGGCGAGGGUCUUUUGCCAUGUGUUUAUCGAGGAUUGCCGUACUUGCACUCCGAAAAGUGGGCUGUGGACGAAUGUACUACCUGUGCCUGCGACAAUGCUAGUAUUACAUGUGUGAUUGAGACUUGUCAGCCAACACUCUGCGAUACGCCAAUAAAACCUGAGGGAAUAUGUUGUAACAUCUGCUCGUAUAGUAGGUGUUAUGAUCGAUGGCAAUAUCUUUAAUUAUAUACUCAUUUAAACACAUUUUAUUCGCAUGCAUACAUUCUUAAAGACAGAGUCCAAUACAAUGAUUAUAGCUCACAAUGUUUUCAGUACGUUAAGCUCAUCACCACGAAGACCAGUGACGGAAGUUUAAGAAAAACUAGAUUUACAUUAAAAACCGAUAAUGCAGGACUUUUUUGUAGGAAAGAUAUUUUCGGAUGCAACAUCAUAAAAACAUAGAGAUCUUGAGGAAUCUUUCCCAGAUUCUGUCCUCAUGAACAGUGCACGCUAGUUGGGGAAGCACAACCUUGUGAUAGUAUGCUAAUUUCACAGGCUUAAUAUAACAUCAGAGAACAAAAAUAAUGAUUGUACGAAUUUGGUUUAUUCUAUGCUUGAUUGCUUCUAACCCUAACAGAAGUCCUGGUGAUGACAGUCCUGCCUCUUAUCACAUACAGAGAUACUAUUGUAGAGGGAGGGAACAACCAAGUUAGCAUUGGUGUUUCUAUCAAGUUUCAUGAUGCUUUGGGCACCAGUGGAGUUUCCGGAGAAGACCUUUGGAAGCUUUCUGCUUGGGCUUCAGCCACUCCAGACGGCAAUGGACAAAGGAUUGGAUUCGAAGAGGACAUUCUAGAUCCGACUCAAAAAGACCAGUACUUCAGCAAAAGAGGAAAACUCGAGUUUACAAAUCUGGACUUCUCAUUUUCUGAAUGCAAAGACAUGAAGUAUAUCUGUGUGAGGAUCGAGAGGGGAGAUAACCCAAGGACAACUGAGAACCUUAACUAUACUUUAGGAGGAUACCCGGACUCCAAUGCACAAACAGGUUGUACAGAAGCCCCAGAAUGUCGUCACGAUCGAGGUACUUUGUUUAGUUCGCUACUGUCGAAAGUACUUCAGGAAGCUCGUGGACGGAUGAUUAUGAAUGUAUUCAUUUCUGAUUCUGAUUGCUGAUUACCGAUGAAGUGCAUCCUUGUCUUUAAAUUUUCUCAUCACCGCUCGGACC